AUGUCAAUAGUAUCUUUGUUAGGAAUAAAAGUGUUAAGUAAUCCAGCAACGUUUGCGGAUCCAUACGAGUUUGAAAUUACCUUUGAAUGCCUGGAACCUUUAAAACACGAUUUAGAGUGGAAACUUACUUACGUUGGUUCUUCGCGCUCCUUAGAGCAUGAUCAAGAACUGGAUUCCAUUCUGGUUGGUCCUGUCCCAGUUGGCGUCAAUAAAUUUAUCUUCACAGCAGAUCCUCCCUCACCUGAACUAAUUCCUGCUUCCGAACUGGUUAGCGUAACGGUAAUUUUGUUGAGUUGUUCUUACGAUGGUAGAGAAUUUGUUCGAGUAGGGUACUAUGUAAACAAUGAAUAUGAUAGUGAAGAGUUGAGAGAGAAUCCACCAGCAAAAGUACAAGUAGAACACGUUGUAAGGAAUAUACUUGCAGAAAAGCCUAGAGUAACGAGGUUCAACAUUGUUUGGGAUAAUGAAAAUGAAAGCGAAAUAUAUCCACCUGAACAGCCAGGAGUGGAUGAAGAGGAAGAGGAAGAGGAAGAGGAGGAAGAGGAAGAGGAAGAGGAAGAAGACGACGACGAAGAGGAGCCGGAAAAUGAAGAUGAGGAAGAUGCAGCCGAAGAAGAUGAGGAUGAUGGAGAUGACGUUGCUGAAGAUGACGUGGAGGAUGAAGAUGACGAAGAAAAACUAGAGGCUGACGAAAAAUCUGCCAUAGAGAAGCAAGAAGAAGAGGAAGCUGAUGAGGAACGUGCAGAGGAAGCAAUUGAUGCGAAUGAUCAACACGCAGAAGAAGAAAACGACACAGAAGACAACCCAAAUAAUCUUGAUGACCUACCUGCUGCAAAAAGGCUGAAAACUGAUGUGUAA